AUGCCUCGCGCUGAAGCCGGCAGUACCAAGGCCAUUUCGAACAAGAUCAAGAGCAAAGGACUCGGCAGGUUAAGAUGGUAUUGUCAAGCUUGUGAGAGGCAAAUGCGAGACGAGAAUGGUUUCAAAUGCCACGUUCAAAGCGAAGCGCAUGUUCGACAAAUGCUCCUUAUCGGCGAAGAUCCCAAGAAACACAUCAAGGAGUUCUCGAACGAGUUUUUGAAGAAUUUCAUCGAUUUGUUGAAAACAACACACGGAGAAAAGCAGGUCAAUGCCAAUCAUUUCUACCAACAAAUCAUCGCAGACAAAACCCACAUUCACAUGAAUGCCACUGAGUGGAAGUCAUUAUCGGCCUUCGUCGCGCAUCUUGGUCGGAAUGGAAUUUGUCGCGUGGAGGAUACAGAAAAGGGUCUCUUUAUCUCAUGGAUCGACAACAGCCCCGAGACGUUGCGCCGGCGCGAAGCUAUUAUGAAGAAAGAAAGACAGGACAAGGGCGAUGAGGAACGCGAGCAGCGCCUCAUUCAGGAGCAGGUUGAGCGUGCACGGCGCAACAUGCAAGAAAAACAAGAAGAGGAAAGCACGGAGGACAGGUUCCUGCAGCGAGAGGAGGGUGAAAAAGUCAAGCUGAACUUUGGCUUCAGCGCCAAGCCAAAACCCGAUGCGAACCCAGUUCCCCCCCAAGAGCCAGCGACCGUGACGACCGGGGGGUCCUCCGACGGAAAAGAGUCACCGUCCGCGGGGGAGAUAGAAUCCACGACUCCGACUACUUCUCAGGGCCCUGCCAAGAUCUCCAUGUCCUUUGGUGGUGCACAGAAGCCCAAGAAUGUCUUUGCCUCUGCACCGAAAAAAAACCCACUGGCAGGUAAAAAGGGCCCUGUGAUGGCCCAGCCGAAGAAGAUGACGGAGCAAGAGCGGAUCAUGAAAGCGGAGAUGGAAGCUGCAGAGCGAAAGCGCAGUCGGCCUGACUCGGUCUUCAAUUCCAAGCGACCAAAACUUGCUUAA